AAGCAAUUGACACAUUCUACGGCUAUCGGUGUCUGUGGCAGUCGCAUAUUAGCACAGAAACAUGCAAUGAGAUAAGGUUAACUCUUAACACAGUGGCAUCACAUGUUGUUGAACUUUGCAAACUACACUCCCAUCACUCUAUCAAAUGGCUCUGCUCCAAUGGCUCAAUGAAAUCUAUACACCAUUCUUUCUCUUUGUAUUCAUUUUCAUAGCUCUAUUGAUGAAACUUCUCUUUAUAAACAAGUCAAGAAAGAUAAGAAGAUCCAAUCUACCUCCAGGUCCACCUACCAUACCCUUCAUUGGCAAUCUCCACCAACUUGGAAUUGGAACCAUGCCUCCAAAAUCUUUACAAAGCCUUGCUGAUAAAUAUGGACCCAUAACUUUCCUACAACUUGGAGAAAUUCCAACAGUUGUGGUUUCAUCAGCUAGAUUAGCAAAAGAAGUGUUGAAAACUCAUGAUCUUGCACUUGCAAGCCGUCCACAACUGUUUUCAGCUAAGUACCUCUUUUAUAACUGCACAGACAUUGCUUUUGCACCUUACAGUGCUUAUUGGAGGCAUGUAAGAAAAAUUUGCAUACUUGAGCUUCUAAGUGCCAAAAGGGUACACUCAUAUAGUUCUGUUAGAGAAGAAGAAGUUGCUUCUCUAGUUCAUAGAGUUGCAGGGUCUUAUCCAGGAACUACCAAUUUGUCUAAGAUGUUGGGAUUGUAUGCAAAUAAUGUUGUUUGUCGUGUAGCAUUUGGAAGGGACUUUUCAGAAGCAGGAGAUCAUAAAAAACAUGGAUUCCAGAAGAUGCUUGAUGAGUAUCAGGAGCUACUUGGAGGAUUCAGUGUUGGUGACUUCUUUCCUUCAUUGGAGUUUAUACACAGCUUGACAGGUAUGAAAGCAAGACUCCUAGAAACUUCAAGAAAAUUUGAUCAACUCAUUGAUCAGAUAGUGAAUGAACACAGAGCUUGCAAUAAAAUAAAGGAACAUAAGGACCUUGUAGAUAUCUUACUUGAGGUGCAGAAGGAUGGCUCAGGUGAGAUGCCUCUCACCAUUGAUAAUAUCAAGGCAAUAAUCUUGGAUAUGUUUGCUGCUGGAACUGAUACAACAUUCAUUACCCUUGAUUGGGCAAUGACAGAGCUGCUAAUGAAUCCACAUGUUAUGGAAAAAGCACAAAAGGAAGUGCGUAGCGUCCUAGGAGAAAGACGAGUGGUUGCAGAGAGUGAUCUGCAUCAACUGCAGUACAUGAGGGCUGUAAUAAAAGAGAUAUUUCGAUUGCACCCUGCAGUACCAGUAUUAGUCCCAAGAGAAUCAAUGGAAGAUAUUACCUUAGAUGGAUACAUAGUUCCAGCUAAAACAAGAUUUUUUGUCAAUGCUUGGGCCAUUGGGAGGAAUGCAGAAAGUUGGGAAGAUCCCAAUGCAUUUAAACCAGAGAGAUUUUUAGAUAGUAAUAUUGAUUAUAGGGGGCAGGAUUUUGAGUUGAUACCAUUUGGGGCAGGCAGAAGAGGUUGUCCUGCUAUUACUUUUGCCAUUGCAGUUGUUGAGCUUGCUUUAGCUCAACUUCUCUAUAGCUUUGAUUGGGAGCUUCCUCCUUGUGUUACACCCAAAGACUUGGAUCUCACUGAAGUUUUUGGCAUCUCAAUGCAUAGGAGAGAAAAUCUUCUUGUUGUUGCUAGACCAUACUUUCUAUGAAGACUCGUGAUAGAGCAGAAAGAGCAUGUGAAUGCUGAAUUUACUUUUUAUUGAUGCACAUACAUAUAUUUUUUUCUUUUUUUGGUUUUCCAUAAGUCCCUCCAUUGAGAUAAUUCUAUUUGAGGGAUAUGGAGCAUUAAAUGUGAAUACCUCUCUCAACGGAGAUUCAAAUUCGGGUUUACCAUGUUGUGAUAGUCUAGUCCUUUCCGCUAGACUUAAUCCCAUGUAUAACUUUUAAUUUUCUCAUCAAAGAUUAAAACAUUAUACUAUUUUAUAAUUUGGAUGAA